AUGAACUUGUGCGGUGAAGGAAAAGCAGCACAGUAGUCACAGCAGACACGUGGAUGUGGAAAAGAGCUGUUGAUAGUUGAAACUACGCUUUUCUAUUUUUUUGUAAUAGAUGCAAGGAUUUAUAUGUUGGCGUAUUUUUUUUUUUUUUUUUUAGACACUAUUAAUUUAUAAUCGAGUGUAAUCAAAGCGUCAUCUCGCCAUCUGUCGAUGUUCAACGUCCACUUUGAAUUGUCAUCAGAAAGUCUACACGACAAAUAUGGCCAAAAAUAAACAGAGAGGUAAAAAGCAGCAGAAUGUAUUUCAGGUUGCGAACAAACAGUCGAAACCCAAGACCAAAGCGAAACCAGUCAAGACCUCGCUGAAACACAUAAACACUCUGAAAAAUGAAAAAGUGGAAAGUUUAAAUCAGAUGUUCACAGAAGUGCAGCGAGAUGUAAAAAGUAUAUCAAAAUCAACAUCCAGUGAACCCAAAAAACAACAGAAAGUGGCCAGAGAAGCUCCACGCGAAGCUGUCAAUGUGGACAAUGCUGCACAGCUUUUCUCUCAACUGUAGAAGACCAUUUUAACAUACAGACAAUCCUCUAACAAAAACAUUCAUAAUGAUAAAAAAUGAUCUAAUUAUCAAAAUCAACCUCAUGAUUUCUAUUGCCCUCAUUGGGCUGCUUUGUAUGCAGUUUAUUCUAAUCACCCAACUAAGCUUUGUGUCCAGAAAAUACAUUAGAAGAUGUCCUUGAGCACUGCAUUUUGGGUUUUGAAUAUGAUUUACGUUUGCUGAAGCAUAGAGAAUAAAGUCAUUACAGACUGAAUUCUAACAGA